AUGUAUAACAUUAAAAUUUCUCCCAAACUGAAAUCAGAUGACAGGUCUAUAAUGAAUUAAAUAUUGAAAGAAGAGGCCUUUUUCUUGAACCAGAAGCAAGGCGAUAUUCACUCUUUUGUUUUGGAUGAUGAUUAAGAAUAGCUUCUUAACAAAUUAUCUAAUAUCCACAAGAUGACCAACAUAGACAAGGAGAAUUACACCAAGCAUAUUAGCUAUUGUGUAAGAAAUUUAGGAUAAAAAUCAAUUGAUAAAUUGCCUGGGAUUAUGGAAAAAUAUGUAAUAUAGUUGUAAUAAUUAAUAUAGAAAACUGAAGAUGAAAGAAUUUAGAUAAUGUUUAUAGAUUAACUCAAUUUGAUCUAUGAAGUAGCAUAAUAGGCUUAGUAACCUGUGAUACAAAUUUUAAGCUUUUUCUUAUUGAAUAGCAUUUUGAAAAUCAAAGAGCUUGCAGGUCAAUAAUUAACAAAGAUUGCUCUUCAUUUACAAGGAGAUGAAAAGGGAAAUCAAUUAUUGCCUAUAAUAAUAAAGAUGGCACAUGAUGACCUCAAUCAGGAUAAUAGAAUAGUGGCUUUGUAAUUAAUGGGCAAGCUCUCAUCAAUGUUUGGGAUAUAAUUAAGCGAAUCUUUUAUAGCUUUUGAGGUAAUGUCUCUUGGAGAGGAUUCAAAGCAAGAUGUAAGGAAAGAGGCAGUAAACCAGUUGCCCUUGGUUGCAAAAGUAGUUGGAAAGGACUUUUAUAAUAAAAAAUUGUUUCCAUUCUAUAUGAAAAGAUGCAAGGAAACAAAUACAAAAGUAAAGACAGCAUGUGUUGAGCAUUUCUUACAAAUCGUAGAAUUGUCUUCUUAAAAUUAAAAAAUUACUGAUCUUACACCCCAGUUGUUGUAAUUCUAAAAGUAAUGAAAAAAUGAUUCUAUUUUAGUGAUUCGAAUAAAUAUGUGAAGGGAGUAGCGUACAGAUGUUUAGCUAGAUUUAUUGCAGCUAUUGAGAAAGAAAAAAUCGAACCAAAACUAAUUGAAAACUAUUUGAAAAUGGCUGAUUCGGAUAUAAGAGAAUUACUUCCUGAAUAGUAAGUGAUGUUCGCCUGUGCGUAUGGUUUUCCUGCAGUUUUGUAGACAGUUGGAGUGGCAAGAUGGUAAUAGUUGCAUAAAUUAUUUAACCAUCUAUGGAAAUAAAAAAAUGAAAGAAUCUGUAAGACUUUGGCUGCCAGUCUCCAUGAAAUAGCUAAAAUUAUUGGAGCAGAGAGAGCUGAAAUCGAUUUGUUUCCUAUUUUAGAGACCAUUUUUGUUAAGGAACCUAAUGAUAAUGUGUUGAUGGGUUGUGUUAAGAAUUUGUCAUAAUUUUUGAAAAUAUUUUCAGAUGAAAAGAAGGAAGGGUUUUUGGAAAUAUUCUUUUUUAUUUAGAAAGAUAAAAAGAAAUGGAGAAUCAGAGAAUCAAUUGCUAAUUAAUUAGAUGAGAUGGCUCACAUAUUUCCAGCAGAUAUUAUAUUUAAAAUGAUUAUGCCUAUUGCUUUUAAGUUGUGCACUGACAAUGUAGCAUAAGUAAGAAAGAUAGCAUCUUCUAAAAUAUAUUCUUUUUUUGAAGGAAUCAAAAAUUCCCCUUUGUAUGAACAAUACAAGAUCUGCAUCAUCGAAAGCAUGAUUGGCUAUUAAAAGUCUUCAGUGUUUUAUCAGAGAUAAUCGUAUUUAAACAUUAUAUAUAAUAGAUUUAUUUAGAUGUGUUCAAAAAUGAUGAAUUUAGAGGAUAAUAUCUUUGAAACUUAUCUUCUAAGUCCUUUUGUAGAAUUAGCUCAAGAUAAAGUAUAGAGUGUAAAGUAUAUGUUAUAUAUGGCCAUAGAGAAUCAUUUCAAAGAUUAAGGUAAUUAUUGAUAUAAAAUUCAAAGGAAGAUUAUCUAAAAAUCAACAAUUGCAUGAUGUGAUUAAUUUACUCUCAAAUGAUAAGGCCAUUAAAUCUCUUGUUAAAUAUCAAUCUACUUUGGAGGUUUAGCCAGAGGCAUAAUAGUAAGAAUAAGAAGAUACAAAACUUAAUCAAGAAUCUACUUCUAUUUAGGAAACUUAGCUAUAGGAAGUUGAUGAUGAGGAGGUACCACAAAGACAAGUUAAAGAAGAACCUAAAAUCUUAAAAGAAUUGAGAGAAGAAAAGUAGGAACUCAUUAAAAGAUAAGAAGAGAUUUAAAAGUAAUAAUUACAAGAGGAAGCAGAUUAGAAAAUAGAAGAACAAGUAGGGUAAUUAUCUCUGAAUGAAAAUGUGGAAAUAAACUUACAAGCUGAUUAGAAUGCUGAAUGUAUUAAAGAUACUUCAUCGGAUUUUAUCGUUAAUAAUAAUGAGUCUCAAGAACUAUAAUAGUUUGAGUAAUUACAAGGUUAAGGGGAGUAAUAAUAAAAACAGAGUGACGAAUAAUUAAUGAAUGAAGAAUAUUAAUAGGGUUCAUAAAGUGAUUAAAAAGAGGUAAAUACUGAAGAAGAUGCUUAAUAACUUUGAGAAUUUUCU